AUGGCUGUCUGGCACAUGCUGCUGCGCUGUGUGCUUGGGGGAGCGAGUCGUUGGGCCUUGGAGCACUACCGUGGAGACCAAUACCUCCUCGGCGUAGGCAAGGGAGACAUCACAGGCCCAGUCGUCGAAAUCAACCUGAUGGGCUACGCGGACCCGAGCCAAGUCGGCACCGGCCUGCGCCAGCGCCUAUAUUCGCGCGCUUUCAUCGUGGGAGACGUCACGAACCCGUCGGAUCGUUUUGUGUACUUGGUCCUCGAUACCCAAUCCGGAGACACGGCUGUGCGAUACGGCAUCUUGUCAGGGCUGAGGGACUUGGGCCCAGAGUAUGCCGUCUACGGCCAACACAACGUUGCUGUCACCGGGACACAUUCCCACUCCGGCCCAGCAGGAUGGUUGAACUAUCUCUUGCCCCAGAUCACCAGCAAAGGCUUCGACCGCCAGGGCUACCAGGCCAUCGUCGAUGGUGCCAUCCUCUCGAUCGUGCGGGCACACGAAAGUCUACAGCCAGGCCACCUCAGCAUAGGCUCGACCAAGGUGCAGGGCGCCAAUAUCAACAGGAGCCUGUUUGCCUACCUGGCCAACCCUGUGUCGGAGCGGGCGAGAUACAACACCAGCUCAGAGGAUGAUGGAUCUGUUGAGAAGGAUCUGAGCCUGCUGAAAUUCCAGCGGGCGUCCGAUGGCAGGAACAUCGGUGCUCUCACCUGGUUCCCAACACAUGGGACGUCCAUGCUCGGCAACAACACCAUCAUCACGGGUGACAAUAAAGGCGUCGCUGCCUACCUCUUUGAAAAGAGCGUAGUUGGCGAGGCUACUGCCGCCGAGGGUUUCGUGGCAGGCUUCUCACAGGCCAAUGUCGGCGACACCAGCCCAAACGUCCUCGGCGCAUGGUGUGAGGACGGCUCAGGACAGAUGUGUACCCUCGAGAACAGCACUUGCCCCGGUGACGGCCGGGUUGGAAAGUGCCACGCUCGUGGUCCUCAUUUCAGAUUGAAUGACAGUGGUACAUCGUCUUGUUUCGAGAUCGGCCGGCGACAAUUCGCUCCUGCCCGGGCGCUGUACGACGAACUGAACGUGAACCCGGUCCCAGUUCGAGGCCCUUGGGUCAAGUCAUUCCAUACAUUCCACGACAUGUCGAACUUUACCUUCGCCCUGCCAAACGGCUCCAUAGCCACGACCUGUCCGGCCGCUCUGGGGUACUCCUUUGCCGCAGGAACUUCGGAUGGGCCUGGGGUUUUUGAUUUUACACAGCACGACGGCGACCCCUCCAAUACAUCCCCUGUGUGGAAAGUUGUCUCCAACUUCCUUAAGGCGCCGUCGGAUGAACAGAGAGCCUGCCAGGGAUCAAAGCCCAUCUUGCUCGACGUUGGCGAGGUGCAUAAGCCUUACGCGUGGACACCAAACGUAGUGGACGUCCAGGUCUUCCGUGUGGGCCAGUUCAUGAUCAUCGUCAGCCCAGGCGAGGCAAGCACCAUGGCUGGUCGGCGGUGGAAAGAAGCUGUGCAAUCCGAGUCUGCAGCACUUUUCCAGGACAACUAUGACCUGUCAGGCGGCGCACUGCACUCUCCAGCCCCUGUCGUCGUGCUCGGCGGACCAGCAAACAGCUACACGCACUAUAUUACCACGGAGGAAGAAUACUCGAUUCAGCGAUACGAGGGGGCGUCGACGCUGUACGGGCCUCAUACACUGGCAGCGUACAUCAACGUCACUCUGAGGUACCUGCCCUUCCUCGACGCGUCGGCUAGGACGCCACCGCCUCACUCGAAGGACUUAUUCCCGCCUGAUAAUACGAAGCGCUCGUUGUCGUUCAUCACUGGCGUAGUAAGAGAUGGAACCCCAUUGGGCCGGGCGUUUGGGGAAGUAAAGCAAGACGUGAGCACCUUUUACCGCAUUGGAACCCGCAUCACGGCUACCUUUGUCGGCGCAAACCCACGGAACAAUCUACGUCUUGAAGGCACCUACGCAGCAGUCGAGAAGCUGUCCCUCGGCAAGGACGGCAGCCAGGUCUGGAACGUAGCCAGGGAUGAUUCGGACUGGAGCCUCGUGUUCAGAUGGAAGAGGACGAGCGACAUUCUGGCCACAAGCGAAGUAGAGAUCACGUGGGAGACGGACCGGGAAGAUCCCACCGAGGUUGAGAAGGGCGUCUACAGAUUGAGAUAUCUUGGGGAUUGGAAGAGUCUUGAUGGGACUAUUACGGCAUUUGACGGGACCAGUUCUGCUUUUACCCUUACCUGAUGAACAUAUUCAAGCAAGGGAAAACGAAAACGUUCGAAAACCGGGAUGAAUACACUGCUUCGUACAAAUGAUUUUGAAAAGGAGUUGCAGAGGCAAUGGCUGUUGGAAUCAGAAAGAACAACAAAGCAAAUAACACAAAGUGAAAGAGAAGAAAAAAAGAAACAGGGUUAGGGGUGCAAGGCUGCGUAUACGAGGCUGGCGAAUGAACUGCAUGCCAAGUAACAGACAAUGAUAAUCCAGCAUAUCUCUUUCUUUG